AUGGCGGCGCUGUCAGUUCAGACCGUAAACGGACCGGAGAGUCAGCGACUAAACCCUGAAGACUCUGAGGAAGAAGAAGAAGAAGACCAAGAACACGUCCAGGACCUGGUGACUGACCCGGAGGAGGACUCGGUGAUGGACUCGGUGAUAGAGUUCCUGCUCACAGAGGUCGGCAACGACCCGAAGAACCUGCAGAAGGCGGAGGAGCUUCUGGAGAGGCUGAGAGAGGAGAACACCGAGCUGGAGGAGCAGGUGAGACACCUGAGUCCACAACACAUGGAGGAAAAAACACACACAUCUGCAAACGGCUUCAAUAUGUCAGGAGGAAAACACAUGAGUAACGUUUAAAACACACACCAAGAGAGAGAUCUUAAUGAAGACAUACUGACCUGUUUAAAUUGAUGCUUACCUUUCUGGCACUCAGGAGCAUUAACAUCUUUGUGUUUAAAGAGUUUUCUUUUCUGUUUGUGUGUUUUGUUGAUCGUGUGUCAGGAAUGAAGUUACUGUCAUUCAUUAUAAAUAAAGGAAUCCUCUGAACCUCAAUCAUCUCUCUCUCUCUCUCUCUCUUUCAGGUGUUGUCUGUCUCCAGCUCUGUCCCUCCAAAGGUCUUAGAGGCUUUAACAGCUGCAAAAGACGCCAAACGUUCCCUGGAUCACCUGCUGCAGAGAGAGCGCUGCGUCUCCAACACACUGCAGCAGGUACACACACCUGUACAGACACACUGCAGCAGGUACACACACCUGUACAGACACACUGAAGCAGGUACACACACCUGUACAGACACACUGCAGCAGGUACACACACCUGUACAGACACACUGCAGCAGGUACACACACCUGUACAGACACACUGCAGCAGGUACACACACCUGUACAGACACACUGAAGCAGGUACACACACCUGUACAGACACACUGCAGCAGUUCUUUUGAAGUGUGCUGAGUUGUCAUUGGUCAGAGUAUGCAGCAAAGUCAACAGAGAUGUUCUGAUUUGGUCCUGUUAAUAAAAAGUGUCUGAAUUUUUUGUUGUAGUUUUAUUUUGUAGGAAGAAACUGUUUUAUGGUCUUCUAUUUUAAGAAUAAGAUGUUUUCAGUCUUAUUUUGUAGGAAUAAAAUGUUUUCCGACCUUUAUUUUGAAGGAAUAAGAUGUUUUCAGUCUAAUUUUGUAAGAAUAAAACGUUGUCUGACCUUUAUUUUGUAGGAAUGAAUGUGUUCAGUCUUUUAUUUUGUAGGAAUAAGAUGUUUUCAGUCUAAUUUUGUAAGAAUAAAACGUUGUCUGACCUUUAUUUUGUAGGAAUAAAUGUGUUCAGUCUUUUAUUUUGUAGGAAAAAGGUGUUUUCAGUCUUAUUUUGUAAGAAUAAAAUGUUGUCCGACCUUUAUUUUGUAGGAAUAAAUGUGUUCAGUCUUUUAUUUUGUAGGAAUAAAACGUUUUUUAGACCUUUAUUUUGUAGGACCAAAAACGUGUUCAGUCUUUUAUUUUGAAGGAAUUAAACGUUUUCAGUCUUUUAUUUUGUAGGAAUAAGAUGUUUUUAGUCUUAUUUUGUGAGAAUAAAAUGUUGGCCGACCUUUAUUUUGUAGGAAUAAAAUAUUUUUAGUCUUUUAUUUUGUAGGAGUACACUGAGUUGCUCUCUGACAGCUGUCCGUUUGUCUGUAUUUCCUGUCUCAGCACCUUCAGGGGGUGCAGCCGUGGAUGGAUAACCUCAGCCAGACUCUGAACCAGAUCGACACCAUAGAGCGCCACAUGAAGUACCUGAGGGUCCUCCAACACGUGGAGGAGCUCAGGUAACGCACCUGGAGGGGAUCCUGAUCUGAAGUUCACCUGACUGAUUCAGUGAUGAAGAUGAUGAUGUUCAUGUGGUGCGUUGUUUCUCUGCAGCGCAGCGGUCCAGCAGUGUCUGAUGACCAGCAGCGUGUGGGAGGCCAUUCGGGCCGUGGACAACAUGGCCGCUCUGGAUGCUGGACUUAACGAGUCCGGCUGCUCUCACCUGAGAAACUUUGUGAGGGAAACACUCCUCUUCUGGCACAAAAUCAUCAAGGACCGCCUCUCCAGGUAACCCCGCCCCCUUCCCCAAACACACCCAUACACACAGCUGUGAGUGAACACAGUGAGAAUAACACACCUGUCUCACCUGUUACCCGUUUACAGUGACUUUGAGAAGGUCCUGACUCAGCUCCAUUGGCCGAUCAUUGCUCCUCCCACUCAGUCGCUGACCCCAACCGCCAACGGUCAGGAGAUUCACAGCCAGCUGGAGCUGCUGGUCACACAGCUGCUGGCUCUGCAGACCUCGUAUCCUUUACCUGUAACACACCUGUAACUCACCUGUACACACCUGUACACACCUGUAACACACCUGUACUCACCUGUAACACACCUGUACACACCUGUAACACACCUGUACACACCUGUAACACACCUGUACACACAUGUACACACCUGUAACACACCUGUAACACACCUGUACACACCUGUACACACCUGUAACACACCUGUAACACACCUGUAACACACCUGUACACACCUGUAACACACCUGUACACACCUGUAACACACCUGUAACACACCUGUAACACACAUGUAACACACCUGUGUACACAUGUAACACACCUGUAACACACCUGUAACACACCUGUACACACCUGUAACACACCUGUAACACACCUGUACACAUGUAACACACCUGUAACACACCUGUAACACACCUGUAACACACCUGUACACACCUGUACACACCUGUAACACACCUGUACACACCUGUACACACCUGUAACACACCUGUACACACCUGUACACACCUGUACCACACCUGUUCACACCUGUGUACACAUGUAACACACCUGUACACACCUGUAGCACACCUGUACACACCUGUAACACACCUGUACUCACCUGUAACACACAUGUAACACACCUGUGUACACAUGUAACACACCUGUACACACCUGUAACACACCCAUAACACACCUGUAACACACCUGUAACACACCUGUACACACCUGUGUACACAUGUAACACACCUGUACACACCUGUAGCACACCUGUACACACCUGUAACACACCUGUACCUUUGAUCAUGAUGACUCUUAUUGAGGAACUGUGAGAUUUAAAGGAGGAGGUUCAGGACCCCAGUCAGGAGCAGUGUUAUUGUAAUGACCUGAAUCUGUGUUAGAGGGCGCUGUGCUCCGGGUUUCUUCUUUAACUCUCCUGGCAGUGAUGACCUCAUCUCCCAGCGUGCUUCAGUCUCCUCUUCAGGCGCUGGAAACUCAGCCACACCCCACUCAAAGGCCCCGCCCCUCUGUCUGCCUAUCCAAAUCAUGCUGCAGCCGCUCAGCAGGAGGUUCAGAUACCAUUUCUAUGGCAACCGACAGACCAACACGCUCGGCAAGGUGUCUGCGCCGCACACAAACACACCCAGACGGACCUCAGAGUUUUAUUCAUUCAUUCAUGUGUUACUCUGUGUUUUUCAGCCCGAGUGGUACCUGACCCAGGUUCUGAUGUGGAUCAGUCACAGCUCGACUUUCAUGGAGGAAAAAAUUCAGCCAAUCCUGGACCGGGCCGGAGCCUCCAUCAGCGCGCUGGUCAGAACCAACAGGGUUAAAUUAAACAACCAGCAACGACUACAGGGUUUAUUUUCAUGUACAGAUAAUAACAACAGGGUUUAAUUAAACAGGAUCAACAGAGUCUGAGGUUUAAAGGGAUAUCAUCAUCAUCAUCAUCAUCGUCGUCGCAGUCUGCUCUCAUGAAGAUGAAGCUGUGUGUCUCUGUCUCAGCUAAAUACACAGGUGGUGCUGUGUGUGUUUCUGUCCAGGUGGAGCUGUGUCGGGGUCUGCUGUCUCUGGUGCAGGACAAGGUGGUGAGCGACGCCAACAGGCUGCUGUAUGAGGACGCUCUCUUCUGCCACCUGGUGGAGGAGGUGCUGCAGUUUGAGAAGGAGCUGAGGACCAACCACUCCUACCCCGCAGCGAUGCCCGGUCUGCUCCACCUGCUGCUGGAGGACGCCAUCCUGCAGAAGUGGCUCACUGUGGAGAAGAGGAGUGAGUGUGGAGACCGCACACAGACAGACACAGACACAGACACACACAGACACACACAGACACACACACAGACAGACCAAAAAUAAAACUCCAUUAUUAAAGUAUUAAUUAGUUUUGCAUUAAAUUGCAGGUGAAGUCUUUAUAAGAUUAUUUGAAUAUUCUUUUAUUAACCUCUAGUUGCCCUGGAGUCAUUAAAGUGUUAUAUUGUCAUUUAUUUCUAAUACAUUCUGUUUGUGUAAGUAAGUGAGUUAAUAUAAUUAAUACAAAUAAUUUUAAAUUUAUCAGACUUUAUUUGUUUUAUAGUCUGUUAUUUUAUAAUCAGACAGAGUAUUUUAAAAGUAUUUUUGAAAGUUUUCUGGAAGUAUUUUUAAAAGUUUUUUGAAAGUAUUUUUGAAAGUAUGUUAAAGUACUUUUAAAGUAUUUUAAAGUAUUUUUUUUUCAUAUAACCUGCAUUAACAUUUACAUAUGUGAGUAAAAAUAUUCUAUAUAAUCUGUACGUCACGGUUCAUGUGGAGUUUAUGUUAAAUAAUAUUAUGAUGUUAAUGUAAAUGAACUUGUAUGUUUCAGUGGCGGUGGAGAAGAUGGACGCCAUGCUGUCAGCAGACGGGGCGUGGAGCUCUCAGUAUAAAGACAUCAGCGAUUUAGACGAACUGAAGGCUCCUGACUGUGCUGAGACCUUCAUGACUCUGCUGCAGGUGAUCACAGGUGAGACGCGCUCUGAUUGGUCCAAUUUCUCAUUCUCGUUACUGUGAGGUGAAGGUGAGAACACGCCCACAAAAACAGUGUCUGUGUGUGUUACAGGAUCGUCUGUUAGCGUCACUGUUUGAUAGAUUUAUAGAUUUUAAUAUUUAUACUUUAAUUUCUAUUUUCCUGAUUUUCACGUUUGUCGUUUUUUGUCCUCAGAGAGAUACCGUCCGUUACCGUCUCCGUCUGCUCAGCUCAAGUUUCUGGAGCUGCAGAGAGAGCUGGUGGACGACUUUCGCAUUCGACUCACGCAGGUGAAAUAAACAUUAUUUUAUUAAAAUAUAAAGUGACAUAAACAGAGAAAGUUACGGCAGACCUUCGUGAUUUUCUCUUCAUUAGAUAAUCGGUUUGAAAUCUUCUUUUUUAGAUGUUUGUGAUCGAUGUUGAAAUCAAAAUUAUUCAGUCGUCAUGGAAAGUAGGAUUUAGUUUUGAGUUUGGAUCAAAUCUUUGAAAUAUUAGUUUUAAUUAUUUAAUCUGUUUACUGCAAACACCUGAAAACUGAAAUGCACCGGUGGUUGAGUCAUUUAGAUUUGAACUGUAAAUGUUUCUCUUGUUUUUUUUUCCCGUGGUCCAGGUGAUGAAGGAGGAGUCUCGCUCUCCGCUCAGCGCCCGUUACUGUGCGAUCCUGAACGCCGUCAAUUAUAUCUGCACCAUCCUGGGAGACUGGGGAGAUGACGUGGUGAGUGCAGGAACCAAUCCAGACGUCAUUUUAUUAUCUGAAUGAACUUAAUAAACAGAGAAAAGCUUUAUGAAUGUAUUUUAAUUUAGAUAUAAACAGAUUAAACUUUUCCUUCGUUUGUAUUAUAGAGACGGUCUAGACGCUUUCUUCUCUGACAGGCGUGUUUCCUCGUCUUCGUCUGUAGUUUUUUCUGCAGCUGCAGCAGGCGGCGGUGUCCCUCGGUGAGGAGGAGGGGCUUGGAGGACUGGGCGUGUUGGAGCUGGGUCGGUUGGCGUCCCUGGAAGGUUCCCUGUUUGAGGGACUUCUGUCUCUGCUGGACCGGCUGAAGACGGACAUGAUGGGACGCCUGCUGGACUGGACCAUGAGAGAGAUCACAGAGAAGGCCCGGCAGUACUGCAAUGACAGGUGAGAGAACCUGCACAGGUAAAACCAGGUGAGAGGUGCUCACAGUCACAGAUCCCACCGUCUCACAGAGAGUCUGGAUCCUCACCUGAACAUCUGACUCUCGAUUCACGAAAAAACAUUAAAGCUCCUCCCAGAUUUUUCAUCCCUCGUUUUUUCUGCAGGUGGUUGUCUCUCCCCUCGCAGCAAGACCUGUCCACCAUGUCCCUCUCCAGUUCAGCAUGUCCCAUGAUGCUUUGCGUGAGGGACAGGCUGUUGAACCUCCAUCAGGUCCUCAGUCUGUCUUUGUUCCAGCUAGCAUGGCAAGGACUCGCCGAGCGACUCGACAACUACCUGUACCAGGAGGUGAGACACACCUGACCCGGCGUUUAAUAUCUUAAAUAAUGUUAAUGUGAUUUUAUACGGACUAACCCUUUAAUUGUCUCACUUCCUGAACACACCUGACCUGGUGUUUUCAGCUCUGCGUUGACCAUAUUUGGUAGAAUGAUUGAUGAAGUGAAUCGUACAUGGAGGUGUGUCUCCGCACAGUUUGAUAAAUCUGGAUCAUUUUUGGCGUGUGUUAGUUUGAGGGUCGGGCUGUGAAAAAAAACAAAAACAUUUGUGAACCAAAAAUUCAGAUUUCUCAUAAUCAGACUAUUUUUGUUUGAUGAACUUUGAUAAACAAGAAAACCAUCAGCUAUUACUGUGUUCAUUGAAUCAGUAAUAAUGAUAAUAAUAAUAAUAAUAAUAAUAAUAAUAAUAAUAAUAAUAAUUAUUAUUAUUAUUAUUAUUGUUGUUGUUGUUAUUAUCAUUAUUAUUAUUAUCGUCAUUUUUGAAAAUAUUUAUAAUAAUAAUGAUAAUUAUAAUUAUCAUUAUUAUUAUUAUUAUUAUUGUUGUUAUUGUUAUGUUUAUUAUUAUUGUUAUAUUAUUAAAAAUAAUAAAAUGAAUAAAAAAUAAUCAUAAUAAUAAAUAAUGGUUUGGUCUGUUUUCAGGUGAUCCUGUGUAAUCACUUCAGUGAGGGCGGUGCGUCUCAGCUUCAGUUUGACAUGAGCAGAAAUUUGUUUCCUCUGUUUGGACAUUACUGCAAGAGACCCGAGAACUUCUUCAAACAGUAAGCCGUGUGUGUGUUUUUGUGUGUUUUGUUUUGGUUUAGUUAUCAUAUCUAAUAAUGUCGUGUUGUUCCUCCACAGUGUGAAGGAGGCGUGUAUCAUCCUCUGUCUCAGCGUUGGCUCUGCGAUCCUCCUCAGGAACCUCCUGAAGGAGGCGGAGGAGGGAGGGGUCGGGGAUCCGUCUCCGGAGUCGGCGCUGAAUGAGAUCGGGGUUUUCUGUUUGGCCCCAUGUGACGUUCUGAUUCUGCUAAACCUGCGGGCCUCCUGGCCUGGACAGUGA